AUGAGCGAGUCAGAGACGAGCAAACCACUCCGUUAUGUCGAUAUUGGCAUCAACCUAAGUGACCCGAUGUUCCAGGGCCACUACCACGGCAAACAGGCACACGAGGGCGAUCUGGACGAUGUCAUCCAGCGCGCCAAGGACGUCGGAUGCGAAAAGUUUAUGGUAACAGGCUCAGACCUAGAAGAGUCCCAAACAGCCAUUCAAAUUGCUCGAGACCACCCCGGAUUCUGCUACGCCACUGUCGGCGUCCACCCCUGCCAAGCAAACCUCUUCGACAAACACCCCGGCGGCCCAGAAGCAAUGAUCGCCGAACUGCGUAAACUAGCCACCGAAGCCAAAGAAGCUGGAUUGGCCGUUGCAUUUGGGGAAAUCGGCCUCGACUACGACAGACUAUUCCACAGCGCCAAGGAACCACAGCUCAAAUACUUCGAAGCCCAGCUCGACCUCGCAGUCGAGAUUCAAAUGCCCUUGUUCCUUCACUCCCGCGCCGCGAGCGAGGACUUCGAGCGUCUGCUCGCAUCACGAUUGCCCCAACUGCCGAGGGGUGGUCUGGUGCAUAGUUUCACCGGGACGAUGGAGGAGAUGCAAAGGCUUGUUGCGCUGGGUGUGGAUAUCGGUGUUAACGGGUGCAGUAUGAAGACGGAGGAGAAUUUGGAGGUCGUUAAGGCUGUUCCGUUGGAGAGGCUUCAAAUUGAGACGGAUGGUCCUUGGUGUGAGAUUCGGCCCUCGCAUGCCUCAGCUAAGUUCUUGCCUGGCGCCCCGGAGUUGCCGAAGUCCUUUAAGAAGGAGAAGUGGCAGAAGGGGUUCAUGGUUAAGGGGAGGAAUGAGCCUGUUGCUAUUGCUCGGGUUGCGCAUGUCAUUGCGCAGGUGAAGGGCAUCACUGUGGAGGAGGUCUGUGAAGCGGCUUGGAAUAACUCUACAAAGAUGUUUGGUCUUGGGAUUCAGUCUUAA